AUGGCAACUCUGCGUCCAGGCUCAACUCCUAAACGCACCGUCUCUUUUGGUCCUUCCGACACCGUCACUCUCAGCUCCUCCAACGACGAUAUCCCUUCUCCCAACCAUCAAACCAACGGCACCGACGGCCUCACUCCCUCCUUAUCGACCCAAACUGGCUCUGACCUGGGCGAACCCAGCACACCGCGUAAUCCAGCCAACGCCUCCCCACCUGGCUCUGUCCUCAAAUCCGCUAUGAAGCCCGGCAAAGACCACAAGCGUCUUCCUCCACCCGAGCAAUAUCAGCACCCUGACCCCCUCCUCCGCCGUCUCCGUCUCGUCGAUGCAUUCGGAGUCCCCGUCGACCUUCGCAAGACCUUCCGCGACACCAAAGUAGUAGGCUUCUACUUCGCCUCGCAAUGGGCGGGUCAACCACUCAAAGAAUACCACCAAGCCAUCUCCGAUUUCUGCAGGCAGCACCCACACGAAUUCAAAGCCAUCUAUGUCAGCGUCGAUGUCGACGAACAAUGGUACAAGGCAGGUGUCAAAGAUAAGCCCUGGAUUUCAAUGGUUUGGAAUGAUGGGUCGAGUAUGCCUGCUGAGAGGGCUGAUCGCACCGCUGCUCCCACCUCACCUGAUGGAGAUCUGGACGAGUUGCCAAGGCUGUACAACAACGAGGACUUCCUUUUGGCGAACGAGCAGGAUAUUGAUGAGAGCUUGUCGCACACGGAUAAGUCGGGCGAGGCUUAUUUGAGGCCGUUCUCAAGGGUUCAUUUGGCGGCAAAGUUGAACAUCAUUGCUGCACCGACGCUGUGCAUUUACCAUCUAGACAGUGGGGAGAUGCUAGAGUGGAAUGUCAGGAUGGCGAGGUUGGCUAGUCACAGGAGCAGAGAGACUUGGGAGAAGUGGAGGGCGGGUGAGAGUGCCGGUUCGUUUGGUAUCAAAGAUGCAUUUGCGGUCGCACCGUAUACCUUGUUGGUUGGUGUGUUUGCGUUGUUGUAUUUCCUCUUUGUGAGGUGGGCGGGCAAGGAGUAUAAUGUAUUGCAGAGAGGGUUGCAUGCGUUGUUGGAGAACAGGGCUGGGAGUGCUCAUCAGUUGGUUGAGAAAGCGAGCGAGUUGUGA